CUCGGUAGCUCUUAAAGGGCCGCCAUUUUGUGUAAGGCCCACUCUUCCCAAGCGGGAGAAAAUUAUUAGUCCUGCGCUCGGCACAUACGGACGUUCACUCCGGGGCCGAGAGGAACCACCAUCUAUACAGAGCCCCCGACUGAAUAUACCGGACAAAAGAAGCAACCAAGAGUGUCAUCAAGCCCAUCGCCAUGGAGGGCGAGGUUGCUUCCAUGGACACCAGUGGUGAACUGGCUCCUGAAGGAAAGAGCCUGACAGAGAGCGGAGACGCUCUGAUACAGGGGGCCGUCAUGGCUGCACAGGGGGGUGUGUCUGACCAAAUGGAGAUGAUGGUGAUGGAUGCUCUCGAUCCCGCUCUGCUACAAAUGAAGACGGAGGUGUUGGAGGGAGGAGGCACGGUGACUGUUACUGGUGGAGAUGAUGGUCAGAUCAUCACGCUUCAGGUGGUGAACAUGGAGCAGGAGGCAGGAUCUGCUUUAAGUCUUGGUCAGCUGCAGUUGGUGCAGGUUCCCGUCACAGCAACAACUGUAGAGGGGCUCCAGGCCACCUUUGUUGACGCAUCACACGCUAACAAGGAUGCAGAUCCUGUUAUCUGUCACACUCUUCCCCUGCCCGAGGGCUUCCAGGUGGUAAAAGUGGGAGCCAAUGGUGAGGUAGAGACUGUAGAGCAGGAGGAGCUUCAAGCAGCCCACGAUGAGCUUCAAGUGGCGAGGGGAGAAGAAGACGAAGAAGAGCCUGCAGAAAUAGAAACCACUGUGCAGCCACAAGAUGACCCAGAAUGGACCAAGGACCCAGACUACCAGCCCAUCAGCGGCCUCCGUGGUAAAGGGAAGAAGGGAAAGAAGAGCCGCCUGCGCUACGGAGAGGGCGAUCGCGACAUGGAUGUUUCUGUGUACGACUUUGAAGAAGAGCAGCAGGAGGGGAUGCUGUCGGAAGUGAAUGCAGAGAAAGUUGUGGGCAACAUGAAGCCACCAAAGCCCACCAAGAUCAAAAAGAAAGGUGUAAAGAAGACUUUCCAGUGCGAGUUGUGUAGCUACACCUGCCCGAGGCGCUCCAACCUGGACAGGCACAUGAAGAGUCAUACAGACGAGAGGCCACACAAAUGUCACUUGUGUGGACGGGCCUUCCGAACCGUCACGCUGCUGAGAAACCACCUCAAUACACACACAGGCACUCGACCACAUAAAUGCCAAGACUGCGACAUGGCAUUUGUGACCAGCGGUGAGUUGGUGCGUCAUCGUCGCUACAAACACACCCAUGAGAAGCCCUUCAAGUGCUCCAUGUGUGACUACUGCAGCGUGGAGGUGAGCAAGUUGAAAAGGCACAUCCGCUCUCAUACAGGGGAGCGACCCUUCCAGUGCAGCCUGUGCAGCUAUGCCAGCAGAGACACCUAUAAGCUGAAAAGACACAUGAGGACACAUUCAGGUGAAAAGCCAUACGAGUGCUACAUCUGCCAUGCCCGUUUCACUCAGAGUGGCACCAUGAAGAUGCACAUCCUGCAGAAACACACGGAGAACGUGGCCAAGUUCCACUGCCCACACUGUGAUACGGUCAUUGCUCGCAAAAGCGAUCUCGGUGUUCACUUGAGGAAGCAGCACUCAUUUAUUGAGAAGGGAAAGAAAUGCCGUUACUGUGAUGCUGUGUUUCAUGAGAGGUACGCUCUCAUCCAGCAUCAGAAAACCCACAAGAAUGAGAAACGCUUCAAGUGUGAACAGUGUGACUACUGCUGCAGGCAGGAACGCCACAUGGUGAUGCACAAGCGCACACACACAGGGGAGAAGCCGUUUGCCUGCAGCCAGUGUGAGAAAACCUUCAGGCAGAAGCAGCUUCUGGACAUGCACUUCAAGCGCUACCACGACCCCAACUUUGUCCCCACUGCCUUCGUCUGCACCAAGUGUAACAAGAUGUUCACCCGCAGGAACACCAUGCUGCGUCACACUGAGAACUGCAAUGGCGAAGUUGAAGAUGAAAAUGGAACUCCUGCACCCAAAAAGGCUCGCCGGGGCAGGAAGAGGAAGAUGCAGAGCAGGAGGGACGAGGACGACACGGAGGAGGAACUGGAAGAUAUCGAGGAGGAAGAAGAGCUUAGUGAGCUUGAGGUGGAACAGGCCCCCCCUGUCGUACCGAUCCCCGCCCCUAUCGAGCCCCCAGUCAAGAGGAAACGUGGACGGCCCCCAAAGAACAAACCAGCCACAGCCGCUAUCAUCCGUGUGGAGGACGAAGUGACUGGAGAGGUGGAUGACAUCAUCGUGAAGAAGGAGGUGGGAGCUGAUCAAGUGGACCUGGAUGACGAGACCGUAGAGCAGGUGGUGGUAGGGGGGGAAAAGACCACCAUCCAGCUGGAAGAGUUGUCCCAGGAAGAGGGAGCGACAGCAGAGGCCGAGACCCCGCCCAACGGAGACCUGACCCCUGAGAUGAUCCUCAGCAUGAUGGACCGGUGAUGGACGAGACCUGUAAACACAGAGCCCCGAUCACAUGUUCAUUUUUUAAUUCUUGGCAUUUAGGAUAACAAACUCUUGCAUCCUGCACAGAAACAAACAUCACUGUUGUAAUUUAAGAUUAGCAAAAGAUAAGAGUAAACAUUUUCAUGAUUUUCUUUGUAAAUCCCUUUUGUGUGUCACUUCAAAGUAAACGUUCACCCAUAAUGUGGACGUUGCUUUAUCUUUUACUUUUUUUGUUUUGUUUUUUGCUUUCCAAUGUUCACUUUCCUCACUGAAGAGCUCCUUUUUACUCUCAGUUUGGACUAAAACCUGCUUCUCAGUGACAUUUGGGUUAUUAUGCCAGCAGAAGAUGGCAAAUAAAAUAAGAUUUAGGACCAAGCUUUAACAAAGUCACUGAAAAACAGUCAACAAAAACAUCAACAGCACCUUUCAGGAAGAUGAAACUGCUGUUAAUCACAGCAACUCCAAUGUAAGAAAAGUGAAAUAUUUUUUUUCUGUGGUAAUAAUUCCCUUCUUUUGAUGCCAAUUUCUAGUUUUUAAAAGCUUAAUAGACUGCUUAUCUAUCUCGUUUAUUGCUACUGUAACACCUCUAGAUGAACUAUAUGUACUAAGCAUUGUCACUGAUGAGUUUGAAGAUAUAAAGUGGUUUUGCUCCCUUUUGUAGCCAUUCCACUUUGGGUUGAUUUUUCUUUUUGUACUUUUGGCAAUGCAAUGCGAUGUAGCAGCUUGAAUGACAUUUUAAUAACUGGCAGAGAGGAAAGGAUGUGACUGUACAACCAAUACAAAGUGGAGGUUGAAACUGAUGUAUGUUUCUGCAGCAGUAAUGAUCUCAAUCACAGAUAUUUAAAAUCAUGUUGUUAAUGUGUGUUAGUGGUACAGUAAGCCCCAAGAAAUUAUGUUUAGAAACAUAGUUCAUCAAAAUGUGCUGAUUUGUAACAACUGAGUGCUAACACAAAUGUCAUUGUAUUUUGCUUGCAAAUCUAUUUUAUUAAAUGGACAACUUGA